GAGGUUAGUGGGCUCUAAUCCUCUCCUCCACCUGCAGGACAGCUGUGCGCCGCUGCCACGUUUCUCCUCGCUGCUGGAGCGGACGCGCAAAGUGGGGGCGCACUCCUCAGCCAUCAAAACCCUGCUCGUGAGAUGCGCAGCUGUGACUGAGAGCAGCGUUGGACACAUCGCCCACCUCCACUCCGCUUGGCUUUUUGUGCGCAAGCUCCGACUGUUUUAGUUGAAGGACAGUUUUCUUUUGUUAGUUUUUUUUCGGCGCCGUUGCUUUUUUGGCACCCGCGUCCGCCCCCCCCUCCAAGAGCGGAGGCACAGUGUCUGUGGCGCAGCGCGACAGUGAGGUGUCCGAUUACAAACCGUGCGCCGAGGAGCCACCGGCACAGAGCGCCUCUCUCUUGGGCAGAAAUAGCACGCAGGGCUCCGGAGGGACGAGAGAGAGCACGGAGGAAUCUCUGCAGAGAGAGACGGAGUUUUACCGAGGUCGAUUUCUGACAAGUGACACAGCAGAACUGAGGAUAUACCAUCUUCAUAUCCAUCAUCUUUAUUGCUUGUUUCUCCCUACCACUCUUCUCACCGGGACAAGACACGCAGCUUCGCUCCCUACUAGAUGAACGGGAGUUGGGCACCUCACUUGGUGUGUCUCUCCAAUGCUCUUGGCCCCUGAGGCCUGAGGAGAAGUGAGCCAAGCCCAGGCCCCCAUGGGACGCCCUGUUACCCAGCAUGCACUGCUGCUGCUGCAGUGCAUGCUGGUCCUGCGGCCUGGAGGCGUGGCAGGUAGGAGAGGGCCGGUGCUGCUGCCUGAAUCGCCCUGUCACAAGACAGAGCACCCGCUCAUCCCACACUCAGAGAUGGAGCCGUGGAUCUUCAGGUUCAAGGCAGAGGGCACGGUGGAUUACUCACAGCUGACCUUUGACCCCGGCCAGAACGAACUGAUCGUCGGUGCCAGAAAUCACCUCUUCAGACUCAAUCUGGAAGACCUGACACUGAUCCAGGAGGCUGAGUGGCACUGCGAUGAGUUCACCAAGGGAGCCUGCUUCAGCCGUGGGAAAUCUGAGGAGGAGUGCCAGAACUACAUCAGGGUGCUGCUGGUGAAUGGGAACAGGCUGUUUACCUGUGGAACCAACGCCUUCACCCCCAUCUGCACCAACCGAACGCUGACAAAUCUGACAGAGAUCCAUGAUCAGAUCAGCGGGAUGGCUCGAUGUCCUUACAACCCCCUCCACAACUCCACUGCCCUCAUCACUUCUAACGGGGAGCUGUACGCUGCCACGGCCAUGGACUUCUCUGGGCGAGAUCCCGCCAUCUACCGCAGCCUGGGCGGCCUUCCACCGCUGCGCACUGCCCAGUACAACUCCAAGUGGCUGAACGAGCCAAACUUCGUCUCCUCAUAUGAUAUCGGCAACUUCACCUACUUCUUCUUCCGGGAAAACGCGGUGGAGCACGACUGUGGCCGGACAGUAUUUUCCCGCGCAGGGCGUGUCUGUAAAAAUGACAUCGGCGGCCGUUUCCUUCUGGAGGACACAUGGACCACCUUCAUGAAGGCCAGGCUGAACUGCUCCCGACCAGGCGAAAUCCCCUUCAACUACAACGAACUGCAGGGAACAUUUUACCUGCCUGAGCUGGAGCUACUCUAUGGCAUUUUCACUACCAAUGUAAACAGCAUUGCUGCAUCUGCGGUGUGUGCCUUCAAUCUCAGUGCCAUAUCACAGGUUUUCAACGGGCCCUUCAAGUAUUAGGAGAACUCACGGUCAGCGUGGCUGCCCUACCCCAACCCCAUCCCAGACUUUCAGUGCGGCACCAUUGACUCUGGCUCCUAUGUGAACCUGACUGAAAGAAACCUGCAGGAUGCUCAGAAGUUUUUGCUGAUGCAUGAGGUGGUCCAACCCGUGGUUCCUGUGCCCUACUUCAUGGAGGACAAUGUGCGCUUCACUCACGUGGCGGUGGAUGUGGUGCAGGGGAAAGACAUGCUGUUUCACAUCAUAUACUUGGCUACUGAUUACGGUACUAUCAGGAAAGUGCUUUCCCCUCUCAAUCAGUCCACGGGGAGCUGCCUAUUGGAGGAGAUCGAGUUGUUCCCUCUCAGGAAGAGGCAGCCGAUCCGAAGCCUGCUGAUCCUGCACAGCCGCAGCGAGCUUUAUGUAGGUGUAAGAGACCAGGUCAUCAAGAUCCCACUAAAGAGAUGCAGCUACCACAAGAGCAGAGAAGCGUGUGUGGGGGCCAGGGACCCAUACUGCGGUUGGGACCUGUUGUUAAAGAAAUGCACCACCCUGGAGGAAAGUGUCAGAAUGAGCCAAUGGGAGCAGAGCAUCACAAAAUGCCCUAUCCGUAAUGUGACAGUCGAUGGAGGCUUUGGUGCCUGGUCAGGCUGGUCCACAUGUAGUCACAAUGAUGGAGGCAGCGCAGGGUCCUGUCUGUGUCGGACACGAGCCUGUGAUAACCCCGCCCCUCAGUGUGGUGGCCAGCAGUGCCAUGGCAUCAGCGUGGAGGUCGCCAACUGCUCCAGAAACGGAGCGUGGACUCCCUGGACUUCCUGGUCUCCCUGCAGCACCAGCUGCGGCAUCGGCUUCCAGGUCCGCCAGCGCUCCUGCAGCAACCCAACCCCUCGUCACGGUGGACGAGUGUGUGUGGGCCAGAACCGCGAGGAGAGGUACUGUAAUGAACACCUGCCCUGCCCACCGCAUGUCUACUGGUCGGCCUGGUCGGCAUGGGAACGCUGCACCGUGCCUUGUGGCGGAGGCGUCCAGUCACGACGCAGAACCUGUGAGAACGGCAACGACUGUCCUGGGUGUGGUCAGGAGUACCAGUCAUGCAACACCCUGCCGUGUCCUGACCUGAAGAAGACCACACCCUGGACUCCCUGGACGCCCGUCAACAUCUCCGACAACGGCGGUCACUAUGAGCAGCGUUUCCGCUACACUUGCAAAGCUCGCAUCCCAGAUCCCAGCCUGCUGGAAAUAGGCAGGCAGAGGAUCGAGAUGCGUUACUGCUCCAGUGACGGAUCCACCGGCUGCUCCACUGACGGAGAGGUGCUUCGUCUUGGGAGGAUCUCAGGCCACACGGUGAACGGUGGCUGGUCGUCCUGGAGUUCCUGGUCCCAGUGCAGUAGAGACUGCAGCCGGGGAAUCCGCAGCCGGAAGAGGGCCUGCAGUAACCCAGAGCCCAAGUACGGAGGUCAGACCUGCCUGGGGCCAGCACAGGAGUAUCAGGAGUGUAACAUCACCCCUUGUCCAGUGGACGGCAGCUGGUCAUGCUGGUCUUCAUGGUCCAAGUGCUCUGUGACGUGUGGAGGGGGACACUACAUGAGGACGCGUACCUGCAGCAACCCCCCGCCAGCUUACGGAGGGGACAUCUGCCUGGGCCUGCACACUGAGGAGGCACUGUGCAACACACAGCCCUGUCCAGAGAGCUGGUCCAGCUGGUCGGAGUGGUCCCACUGUGACUCCAAUGGGGCCCAGAUGCGGGUGCGUCACUGUGAUGUCCUGUUUCCCACUGGAAACCAGUGCUCAGGAAACAACAGCGAGACCAGGCCAUGCUCUCAUGACUCCAAUUUUAUACCAGAAGUCUCGAUUGCACGCUCCAGCCAGGAGGAGAGGCACUGUGGAGACUUCAACCUCUUCCACAUGAUCGCCGUGGGGCUCAGCAGCUCCAUCCUCGGCUGUCUGGUUACCCUGCUGGUCUACUCGUACUGCCAGCGCUACCAACAGCAGUCACACGACGCCACUGUCAUCCACCCCAUUUCAGCCGCACCGCUCAACACCAGCAUCACCAACCACAUCAACAAACUGGACAAAUACGACUCGGUGGAAGCCAUUAAGGCCUUCAACAAAAACAAUCUGAUUCUGGAGGAAAGAAAUAAGUACUUCAACCCACAGCUUGCCGGGAAGACCUACACCAACGCAUACUUCACCGACCUCAACACCUACGAUGACUAUUAGCCCUAGCAGUUCAGACUCCAUACCAUAGCAGGACACCAACCCCAUCAUCCAUUUUGACUGUAUUCUUUUCUUUGUGCUUUGUAUUGAGAUUCGUGACACCAUGCGUGGGAUAGUCCCACUCUGAGUCUCUAUGGCAGCUGGUAUGUAAUGAAAACACAGACACAGAUAGUGUUGCCAACAGAUGGAAAUGCCCACUUUCUCUCAGGUGCCUUGGGGUACACUUGGAAAGCCCAAUUUUUGGGGGGCAAAUCUUGCCUUGACUCUCACUGAGAAACGGACAACUGGAUUUCCCAAUGUGGACAAAAAGGGAAAAAUAAAAACUCAGACUGUGGGAAAUGUGAUCCCUUUUAACUUUCCUGUGACACCUCUAAAUAAAAAAGACCUGUAUUUGUUAUGAUGGGAAAUAACCACAAAACCGCUUUGCAUGACUUCAUCUGAGGUGUUUUGUCUGCCGUUCUGUUUCGUUUUGCAUGGUUGAACGCAUUCCAGGGUUUGGGAACUUGUAUUUUUGCUGGUCUUAGGAUCAGGACUGGUUUUGGAAGUCGUAAAAACAAAGACUGUGGUGAUGCCUGAUGGCUUUUACAAUUUACUGCUGCAGCAAUCUACAGAUGGAUCAAAAUCCCCCCCCAGUCCUAGAAUCAGGAUAUAGAUAUUUGAAGUCUGUGGUCAAGUUUGUCUACUUUUUUGUUUUUGUUUAUUUCUGUUACAGGCUCUAGCAGCUAGCAGUGAUUGAACUUUCAGUGCAACAUUUUUUUUUUGUUUUCUUUUGCUUUUAAAGGUACAUCUGUUUUGUACAGGAAGUUAAGUUUGAAGCCUAUGUCUGUGGUUUUUUCUAAAUACAUUUAUUCAAUGUCUCAAGUGUUUAAAGAAUAAAACAUUUCUUUUUGAGAAGAAAAAAGUUUAUGUGCAUUCUGAAAAGUAAUCGGAAGUAUUCAUAUCAGCCUGCAUCAAGUUCAGUCUUUGUCAGUGUACUUUUUAUAUUUUUUGUAAAAACAAAAAUAAUGUUUUUGAAUUUUGAUAGUGUUCGCUAUUCCUUUGGCUUCUGAGUUAAAUAUGUAUUUGUGACAGCAGGAUGUUAAUGGCAUUUACUGUACAGAUGGAGCAUAGCAAAUACUAUUCUGAACCCCAACUGGAGUGCUACCCAUAUACUAUAAGAUGAAAUCCAUUCAUCCAGUUGAGAUAUUUCUGUUCAGAGUGUAUAACCAAAUAUUAGGUUAUUCAGUGGUUCAGUUGCAACUAACUCUUUUUACAUGUUUGCUUGUGUUACUGUGCAUAAAUUAAAAACUGCUUCGUACACAA